GCCCACCUGAGGGAAAAAAGGUAGGACUUGAAAAAAAAUCUGGUCGCAAUUUUGGCCUGAAAACUCCCAAAAAACCCAGAGACACGCGCGCGUCUCUUUUUUUCUCUUAUUCAAACAAAAAGGCAAAAAAUAUGGCUAACGAUCGUGAGCUUGGUUUGGCUAUUCAUGCCAUUGCACUAGAUGCGGAACAAAUGGCUGCUAACUUGCGCAAGUUUGCUACCUUGUUCGGCGUUCCUAGUGAUGACAGCGCUGUUGUUUCUACUACUGCCGCCAAAAGGGGUGCUGCUGCUGCCACCAGUGACGAUGAAGAAGAAGGUGAAGGCAAGAAGAGAAAGCGCCAACGCAAGGUCGUGGAUCCACUUGCACCUGAAAGACCCCAGAGCGCGUACAACCAUUUUAUCAAACAAAAUUAUGCUGCGGUCAGAGCAAAGAGCGGUGAGGGUAACAACAGUAUUCUGAUGACUGAAUUGGGCAACAUGUGGAAGAAUACCAGUAACGAAGAAAAGAAGAAAUUCGAGGAUCUCGCCAUUAAAGACAAGAAGAAGUACGAGGUGGAACUCAAGAAGUUCGAAGCCUAUCGUGCCGAUCACCCAUACGACCCAGAGAAGGAGGGUGUUACGGUGAACUCAAAGAAGCAACAAAAGAAGCAGGCCAACGCUUCUGCUGCCAACAACAACAACAACAACAACAACAAGAAAGCGGCGGCUGCCAAGGAGACUGCAGAGUCUAGCGGCGACUCUGAUUCGGAUGAACUUGAAGAAGAAGACGAGGAGGAAGCACCCGCUAAAGCAGCAGCCAAGGCCAAGGAGCAGCCCAAAUCCAAGAAGAAGACUGACGGAAAGAAGAAGCCAUUGACCGAGAAGCAACCUGUGGUCAAGGCAACCAGCUCGGAUGCUAGUCAGGAUAAGAAGAAGAAAAAGAAAGCCACUAAGCAUAAGAAAGCUGCUACCUCAGGAUCGCAAUAAACUUGUUUCUCUCGUUUGAUAACCAAACCAAAGAAAGGGUCUCUUUCGUCUGUAGUGUGUGGGGUUAGUGGUUUGGGCUAUAUUUUCCAAUGUAAUGCAACAGAGGUUAUGAAAAGGGGAUAAGACUGAUCAUAUCAAAACAACAGCUGGCCCAGAGGUGUGAAAUAAUCAUUGUGGAUGUGCUUCUCCUCCUUAUUUUGC